UCACUCCGCGCCCUUUAUACCCACUUCCGCCCGUGAGCUACUUCCUUUCUUUUCGGCGACGCACGGCGGCAAGAUGGCGGUGCAGAUUUCCAAGAAGAGGAAGUUUGUUGCUGAUGGCAUCUUCAAAGCCGAACUGAACGAGUUUCUCACCCGGGAGCUGGCCGAAGAUGGCUACUCUGGAGUCGAGGUCCGCGUUACGCCAAACAGGACAGAGAUUAUUAUUUUGGCCACCAGGACGCAGAAUGUUCUUGGUGAGAAGGGCCGACGCAUCCGGGAAUUGACUGCCGUGGUUCAGAAGAGGUUUGGCUUCCCUGAGGGCAGUGUGGAGCUUUAUGCUGAAAAGGUGGCCACAAGAGGUCUGUGUGCCAUUGCCCAGGCAGAGUCUCUGCGUUACAAACUCCUAGGGGGCCUUGCUGUGCGGAGGGCCUGCUAUGGAGUGCUUCGGUUCAUCAUGGAGAGUGGGGCCAAAGGCUGUGAGGUUGUGGUGUCUGGGAAACUCCGAGGACAGAGGGCUAAGUCCAUGAAGUUUGUUGAUGGUCUGAUGAUCCACAGUGGGGACCCUGUUAACUACUAUGUUGACACUGCCGUGCGCCAUGUGCUGCUCAGGCAAGGUGUGCUGGGCAUCAAAGUGAAGAUCAUGCUUCCUUGGGACCCAAGUGGUAAGAUAGGCCCUAAGAAGCCCCUGCCUGACCACGUGAGCAUUGUGGAGCCCAAAGACGAGAUACUGCCCACCACCCCCAUCUCGGAACAGAAGGGUGGAAAGCCAGAGCCGCCUGCCAUGCCCCAGCCAGUACCCACAGCAUAACAGAUGCAUGCUGGGAGGACGCCAUGCAGACAGGAAGAUGACCAUCUACAGGCCGAGGGGAGAGGGCUGGACCAGACCCUUCCCUCGCAGUCCUGCCGACACCUGGAUUGUGGACUCCUAGCCCCCAGAAUUGUGAGACAAUAAACUUCUGUUGUUUGAGCCUCCCA